AUGGUACGAACCAAAGCGGAUGUAAGGCGAUACGACUUAUCUUCUAGUUCCUCGAGGAAUAAUUCAGCUGUUGAAGGACGUGAAGAAGAUUGGAAAAAGAUAAUCAAUGAAUCUGAAGGAGGUUUGAAUCGCAGUGGUGGGCAUCCUCGAUAUGGUCAUAAAGCUGUGCGCGAUUCAAGGAAGCGUUCUCGACGCUAUAGACCAGGCAUAAGAGCACUUAAAGAAAUUCGUAAAUAUCAAAAAUCGACAAUGUUGUUGAUUAGAAAACUGCCAUUUGCUCGUCUUGUUAAGGAAAUUGCAAAUGAAAUGUCUGAUUCUUCUAUUGGGUAUCGUUUUGCAGUGGAAGCAAUCGCUGCAGUUCAGGAGGCAGCAGAAGCUUUCAUGGUUCAAUUUUUUGAAAACGCUCUGUUGUGCAGCCAGCACGCUAAACGGAUAACAGUAAUGCAACGUGAUGUCCAGCUUGUUCGUCGGCUAUUCAAUAUUUGA